UUAAACUCUUUUCAAGGAAAUGUCUCCUUUUUAUGAGACAUGCUGUGCUGGCCUCCUUUUUAUGAGGCGCAGCAUUCCACAAAGACGCACAGGCGCUUCAGUUAGAAGGCGCACAUACUUGAGCAAUGUAAUAUUGAGACGAGAGAGAGGAAUGGGACAGUUUUCCAGCCUCUGUCAAAGGCACAAACAUGGCUCUUGUGAUGUUUUCAAACUGACAGCUUUUGGCUUUGACCUUGAAUAUGCAGGAGGUGGGAAAUGGAAAAUACAUUCAAAUGACAGGUGCUUUGCUACCUGAUCUGCAUGGAGAAGCUGGUUGUCACCAACAGAUGGACAUAACAGUUCAGAGAAUCCAAGGCUUAAUUGGCAUUUUAACAGCACAGUCCACAACUAAAACAUCACUGUCUGAAAUAUCACAGCAUCAGGGCUGGAAAUGGUCACGUCAUGGUAACAAUGAUGCGGACCUUGGUGCUCGUACUACUUCUGGGUCUUCAAAGCGCCAGCCCAACCACACUGAGGCUGGUCAAUGGCACAGCCUCCUGCUCUGGAAGAGUGGAGGUUCUCUAUAAUGGAACAUGGGGAACAGUAUGUGAUGAUCUUUGGAAUUUAAAUGACGCUGAAGUAGUGUGUAGAGAGCUGGGCUGCGGAAACGCUACGGAGGCAAAGAGCAAUGCUUACUUUGGACAGGGAUCUGGUCAUAUAUGGAUGGAUGACGUUAGAUGCUCUAACACUGAGUCUUCACUGAUCCACUGUCAGUUCAGUGGAUGGGGAAAACAUAACUGUGUUCAUCAUGAGGAUGCAGGAGUCAUUUGCCAAUCACACAGACAUGUUCUGGUGAGAACUGAAGUGCAAGUUACCCCUGGAGUCAAUCCAAAUAACCCAAUUAUCAUGCAGCAGGUUUUAGCAAAGAUGAGAACAGCAGCAAAGAAUGUGGGUAUUUAUACUAUCCAGUGGAGAUCAAGUCCUAAAGGAGAAGUGUUUAAGAAAAAGAGUGAAUUGUGAUUGCUUUAAAUAUUUUGUUAUAAUUAACUGUCCAUUCAGAAUUUACUAAUCAAUUUGAUUGGAGGCGAGCCAUUUAGAUUUUUUUCUUAACAUUAAAAUGUAUUAAAUGUUCUAUAUUAAAGGUAAGUAUGUACAUAUAUGCUUUCUUUCCUGAAAAGGUAUCAUUGUGUACGAGAAGUUGUAACAUAUUAUUUUGACCUGUUGUUUAUUUUACAUCAUUAAUCUGUGGUUUGAUUUCACUUUUGAUAUUCCAUAUCAUAUCAUACAUUCUGUAAUAACUGAUCAGCAAGAGAAGUGUGCUCGCUUUAUUAUUCUUACACAGAGGCAACUUUUCUUUGUGUGUAUACAACAGAGCAUUGCUACCUGACUUGAGACUGACGGGUCAUGAAACGGGUUUUUUCCCUGCAAAUUGAGUCCUUAGUAAAAAAGCACAGCACUGUAAAACCAUGUCUGUUAUAAUCCAUCUCUGACAGCACAUCAAAGCUUUAUACUUGGAGAAUAAAAAGCCAAUUUCA